AUGCUGUCGCAAGCAAGACCAAGAACUUGCACGCUACUCAGGCGACAUGUUUAUGCAUUGAGUCCCAAGAACAACAGGCAAUGGCAAGGAACCACCGCCUGGCAAUUGGCAGUCCCAAAUCGAAUUGAGUCCGCUAGAUGGGCGCAUCAAAAAUUCCGAAGGGCAAAAGGAGCACAGCCACCUCCACCUCCCUCCAUCCUAACCGCGUCACUGCGAGAUCUGAGCCGCCUUGAGGUGACAUCAAACGUGGUCGCAAAACCUCGCCAUGUCAGUGACAUGCUGCAAACCAUCGCCCAACUUCCCCGUAGUACGGAUCCUGUCCUGUACCUCGAUUCCCAAGCUGCGAACUUGUCUCGGCAUGGCGAUAUCUCCGUAUUUGCCGUCUUUGUAGAGCCCAAGAGGCACGUCUAUCUCAUCGACGUCCAAGAGAUGGGCGAGCUGGCCUUUACAACGAAGGGCUCUGGAAUCUCGCUCAAGCAGGUACUCGAAUCGGCCGACAUACCCAAGGUUUUCUUCGACGUCCGUCCCGACGCGGACGCGCUCUUUGGCAUCUAUGGCAUUCGACUCCGGGGAGUGGAAGACGUCCAGGUUAUGGAGAAUGCGAAGCGGGUGGACUAUUCCCGCCACUUUGUCCACAGCCUCCUCCGCUGCAUGGAACUCGACGCGCCGGUGGAGGAAGCACAGAGAGAAGCCUGGAUCGAGACGAAGGAGAAGGGCCUGGCCCUGUUCGGGGCCGACGACGGCUCCUGGGAGCGUUUCAACGAGCGUCCGCUCUCUCAGGACUGCCAGGAUUAUUGCGUCCACCAGGUCAAGUGGCUCCCCUUGAUCCGUUCUGCGUACGUCAAGAAACUUAGAGAGAUGGACAGCGGCAUGUCUUGGCCCUUGAGGACAGCUCUUGAGGCCAGGAAGCGGGUCGAAGAGGCACAAUCGGUCUCGUACAACCAGAAUUCACCACAAAAUGUGCAAGGGCCAUGGGGUGGCCUCAAGCCGAAAGCGUUCAAGCAGCGCCAACGUUAUUUGAAGGCGAAGGCUGGUUCUGAUAAAAAAGAGACCGAAGUUGCAUCUACAGAGCCUGUAGCGGUUACUGCUCAAGGCUCGGAAUAA